ACAGAAGGAUUUGAAUGCCAACAACUCUCCGUCCGUCUUCGUCAACUAACGCGCCCAAAACCACCACAACAAUAUCCACAUGCGCCCCUUGAUUCAUCUCCCCCAUUAUUUGACUUAUAUCUCUCACCUCUCAUUUCCUCCCAAUUUAUUUCAAUUUUCAACCUUACCCAAUUACGAAGCCACGUACCCAACACACACACACACACACACUCUUUAUGUGUAUAUAUAUAUAUAUAUAAUAACUUUCCCAUUCACUCUCCAAUUUCUCAGCAUACCCUCAAACCCUCCUUAUCCAAGCCUUCAACACAUUUCCAGUUGAAAAAGAAAAGAGAAGAAAAGAAUAACCCCACACACCCAACUACAGCACACUUACCAUUGGGUCGUAAGUUGUACAGCUCAAUUUCCAUAAAUAAAAAUCUAUAUAUCAAGGUAGAUAGACAUAAACAUUAGCUGGGGGAGUGAAGAGAAUAAUAGGCAUGGAGAUUCAAGAAAACCAACAAGAGGCAUGGUCGGAGACAGAGAGCACGGGAAGCCGAAGCACGCAAGUGGGCUUCAGUGGGCCGCUGAGUGGGCCUUUAGUUUCGAACAAAAGGAGCGGCAGCAAGAACAAAAGCGCCAGGUUCAAGGGCGACGAUGACAUGGUGGAGAUUACGUUGGACGUCCGUGAUGAUUCCGUGUCCGUCCAGAACAUUCGCGGCGGCGACUCCGAGACGGCGUUUCUGGCCAGCCGGCUCGAGAUGCGUCCGUCGUCGCUUUCGGCUCGGCUGAGACAGGUGUCGCAGGAGCUGAAGCGCAUGACCUCGUCCAAGGCUUUCGAUAGAGUUGACAGAACCAAAUCUGGUGCUGCUCGUGCUCUACGAGGUCUCAAGUUCAUGACCAAAAACGUUGGCACUGAAGGUUGGUCCCAGGUUGAGAACCGCUUCGAUGAGUUGGCCGUUGAUGGAAAGCUUUCCAAGACUCGCUUUAGCCAGUGCAUAGGAAUGAACGAGUCGAAGGAGUUUGCCGGGGAGUUGUUUGAUGCAUUGGCUCGUCGUCGGGGCAUAACAUCAGCUUCCAUAACAAAGGAUGAGUUGCGUGAAUUUUGGGAGCAAAUUACGGAUCAGAGCUUUGAUUCAAGGCUUCAGACCUUUUUUGACAUGGUGGAUAAGAAUGCCGAUGGACGAAUUACAGAAGAAGAAGUAAAAGAGAUUAUAACCCUGAGCGCUUCAGCUAAUAAGUUGUCAAAAAUACAAGAACGUGCAGAGGAAUAUGCUGCCCUUAUCAUGGAGGAGCUGGAUCCGGACAACCUUGGAUACAUUGAGUUAUACAACUUGGAAAUGCUUCUUCUGCAAGCCCCGGCACAAUCAACCCACAUAACCACGGAUAGUAGAGUGCUGAGCCAAUUGCUGAGCCAGAAGCUAGUUCCUACAAAAGAGCACAACCCCAUCAAGCGAGGCUUUCGGGCACUAGCAUACUUUGUGCAGGACAAUUGGAAACGUCUAUGGGUCAUAGCUCUAUGGCUUUCAAUUUGUGCUGGUCUUUUCACUUGGAAGUUCAUCCAAUACAAGCACCGUGCUGUGUUCCACGUCAUGGGUUAUUGUGUCACAACAGCUAAAGGCGGUGCUGAAACACUCAAGUUCAACAUGGCUUUGAUCUUGUUGCCUGUCUGCAGAAACACCAUCACUUGGCUUAGAAGCAGGACCAAACUAGGAACAGUUGUUCCCUUUGAUGACAACAUCAACUUUCACAAGGUGGUAGCUUUUGGGAUUGCUAUUGGGGUUGGGUUGCAUGCGAUUUCACAUCUAACAUGUGACUUCCCAAGGUUACUACAUGCUACGGACGCAGAAUAUGAGCCCAUGAAACCAUUUUUUGGGGAUAAAAGGCCAAAUAAUUAUUGGUGGUUUGUGAAAGGGACAGAGGGUUGGACUGGGGUGGUCAUGGUGGUGCUUAUGGCCAUAGCCUUUAUUUUGGCUCAACCAUGGUUCCGUCGGAACAGACUAAACCUCCCUAAACCCCUUAAGAAGCUCACUGGUUUCAAUGCCUUUUGGUAUUCCCACCACCUUUUUGUCAUUGUCUAUGUGCUUUUUAUCAUUCACGGAUACUUCCUAUACCUCAGCAAGAAAUGGUACAAGAAAACGACGUGGAUGUAUCUCGCCGUUCCCAUGAUACUUUAUGCAUGUGAAAGGCUAAUCCGUGCUUUAAGAUCUAGUUACAAAUCUGUGAAAAUUCAAAAGGUUGCAGUGUACCCAGGAAAUGUACUUGCAUUGCAUGUGUCCAAGCCACAAGGAUUUAAGUACUCUAGUGGCCAGUAUAUUUAUGUUAAUUGUUCAGAUGUCUCCCCAUUUGAAUGGCAUCCCUUUUCAAUUACUUCAGCUCCGGGAGAUGACUAUGUAAGCGUUCACAUUCGAACUUUGGGUGAUUGGACUUCACAACUGAAGGCUGUUUUUGCCAAGGCAUGCCAACCGGCAAAUGAUGACCAAAGUGGUCUUCUACGAGCUGAUAUGCUACAAGGCAACAACAAGCCAAGGAUGCCAAGGCUCUUGAUUGAUGGACCUUAUGGAGCUCCGGCACAAGACUACAAAAAUUACGAAGUGAUCCUUCUUGUGGGGCUAGGAAUUGGCGCCACACCUUUGAUUAGCAUACUCAAAGACGUGCUAAACAACAUUAAGCAACAUCAAGACUUAGAAGAAGGAUCGGUGGAAAGUGGAGUUAAGAACAACAAGAGAAAACCUUUUGCCACCAAGCGAGCUUAUUUCUACUGGGUUACUCGUGAGGAAGGUUCUUUUGAAUGGUUCAGAGGAGUGAUGAAUGAGGUAGCAGAGAAUGACAAAGAAGGAGUCAUUGAACUUCAUAAUUAUUGCACAAGUGUUUAUGAAGAAGGAGAUGCUCGAUCAGCUUUGAUUACAAUGCUUCAAUCCCUCCACCACGCCAAAAGUGGUGUGGAUAUAGUUUCAGGGACAAGGGUCAAAACACAUUUUGCUAGACCUAACUGGCGUAAUGUAUUUAAGCAUGCAGCCCUCAAACACCCUGACCAACGAGUUGGUGUUUUUUACUGUGGGGCGCAUGGAUUGGUUGGGGAACUAAAAAGGCUUUCUCUUGAUUUCUCCAGGAAAACCAGCACCAAGUUUGAUUUUCACAAAGAAAACUUUUAGAUUCAUUUUUCAUUGAUUUUUUUUUAGCAACUGUAGUUAUAUAUAGUUGAAUCAUUUUUUGUCGGUAGAGGUAAUGGGGUAUAUAUCUGGCUGGUUUGAUGCAUGGAAUAUGCACGUAUGAAAAAUUUGUAUUUACUUUUGUGUAAUAUAUAUUAUGUCGUGAUAUGUUGUAUGGUC